UCCAAACGCGAGCUGCCUGAGAGCCAAGACGAAAGAGAGAAAGACAUUCAUUCACAGGGGCAGAGCAAGAGCAGCCGGCCGGCCGUGGGAGAGAGGGGAUCGAGUGUUGGUUAGGUUUCCAGCUGAGAGCGAGAGAGCAGUACAAUGGCGCGCGGUCUUCUGGAGGUGCACCUGGUCGACGCCAAGGGUCUCUCCGGAACCGAUUUCCUAGGGAAGAUAGACCCGUACGUGGUGGUGCAGUACCGGAGCCAGGAGCGCAAGAGCAGCACAGCCCGAGAUGCGGGGAGGAACCCGAGCUGGAACGAGGUUUUGAGAUUCCAGAUCAACUCCUCCGCUGCCAACGUGCAGGAUAAGUUGUUCUUCCGGAUCAUGGACCACGACAACUUCUCCAGCGACGACUUCCUCGGCCAAGCAACGAUCAAUGUGACUGACCUGAUCAGCAUGGGCAUGGAGAGCGGCACGUCGCGGCUGAACCCGGCCAAGUACAGGGUGGUCACCGCGGACAAUUCGUACCACGGCGAGAUCAAGAUCGGCAUCACGUUCACCGCCGCAAAGGUUGAAGAAGACGGAGCACAGGUUGGAGGCUGGAUGCACAGCUUUCGUGAGCAGAAGGUCUGAGGCUCCGGUCGGGGUCGUUCGGUUACAUAAUUAGUGGUGUUGGAUGUGGCCUACCGCAGCAUAUGCCUGUAUGAUUGAAUGAUGUGAUUCCAAGUGUAUGUAUGCUGCAUUUUCUAGCACUUUAGGUAGUCAGAACAGUUUAACUUAGCCAAAUUCGUUUAGCAUUAAGAUUCUUUUGAAACAGCAUGCAUUCUACUCCCUUCGUUCCUAAAUAUAAGUCUUCAAAAAGAUUUCAUUAGUGGACUACAUACGGAUGUAU